CGAGGCAGAGGCAGCCGCAGCCCUGCCAGUGCCUGCCCAGCUCUCAUUGAGAAAAGGGGAGACAGAGCUGGAGGAGGGGGAGGAGAAGCUCCCUGCAAAGCCUCCGCCUCCCUGCACAGCCAGGAGCCUCCUGGAAUGGGCACUGGACUGUUCUGACAUGGUGAUUCCCUGGGGAGCUGGAAGACAGAAGGGAAAAGGUAGCAGCCUGCAGAGAGCAUCAGAGGAUGAGGGGUGCUAUAAAAGGAACAGGGGAGUUCUGUGCGAGGGAUAUUUCAUGCACUGAAAUGCUUUUUGGAGAAGGUACCAUGAUUUUCCUCCCUCUGUGCUCAGAUGAAAGGAGCCAACAAGGACUGUCCUGAAGUAUUCCUGAGGGGCCUUUUUUUGUCAUUGUUCCUCUUUCCCCUUGCACAGGGCUAUUUGCUGACCUUUCCAGAGGAAUCUCAGUCCAGCUGAGAAGAUAGUUCUUAAUAAAACAAAACAAAACACAACACUCCCUGCUGUUUGGAUGGGGGUAUACUUUGCUGCAGUUAUUUGCCUGUGACAUUUUGGAAUGUCUGCAGAUAUUGGAAAAAAAAAAAAAACUAUCUUUAAAACUCCUUGCAUUAGGCAAAAGAAAAGGAAGGGGUUUUUUGUUUUGUUUUGUUUGUUGUUGUUGUUUUUUGCCAAAAAGGAGUAAGCGCAAGUUGGUAACUUAUUCUUAACCCAGGACCUGGAUGAUCAAAACCUUGGAGUUCUAGGAAUCAGCACUUCAAACCUAACAAACAAACAUGAGAAGGAGUGGCUGUGAGUUUCCACACAGACGCAGGUUUUAAAGAAGCCUGAACGGGUCUCAGAACUUGGGGCCUGUAUGAUGCCUGAAGACCGAAAUUCUGGGGUGCGCCCCUCAGGUGCCUUAGCAUCGACUCCAUUCAUCCCUAAAGCCACAUACAGAAGAAUCAAACGGUGUUUUAGUUUUCGGAAAGGUAUUUUUGGACAGAAACUAGAAGACACUAUCCGCUACGAGAAGAGAUAUGGGAACCGUCUGGCUCCAAUGCUGGUGGAGCAGUGCGUGGACUUUAUCCGACAAAGGGGGCUGAAAGAAGAGGGUCUCUUCCGCCUGCCAGGCCAAGCUAAUCUUGUCAAGGAGCUCCAGGAUGCCUUCGAUUGUGGAGAGAAACCAUCUUUUGACAGCAACACGGACGUGCACACGGUGGCCUCACUCCUUAAACUGUAUCUUCGAGAACUUCCAGAACCAGUUAUUCCAUAUGCUAAGUAUGAAGAUUUCUUGUCAUGUGCCAAGCUGCUCAGCAAGGAAGAGGAAGCGGGUGUUAAGGAAUUAGCAAAGCAGGUGAAGAGUUUGCCAGUGGUGAAUUACAACCUUCUCAAGUAUAUUUGCAGGUUCUUGGAUGAAGUGCAGUCCUAUUCAGGAGUUAACAAAAUGAGUGUGCAGAACUUGGCAACUGUCUUUGGUCCUAAUAUCCUGCGCCCCAAGGUGGAAGAUCCUUUGACCAUCAUGGAGGGCACUGUGGUGGUCCAGCAGCUGAUGUCAAUGAUGAUUAGCAAGCACGAUCGUCUGUUCCCCAAAGAUACAGAACCGCAAAGCAAGCCCCAAGACGGAGUGAGCAACAACAACAACGACACUCAGAAGAAAGCCACUAUGGGUCAGUUACAGAACAAGGAAAACAAUAACACCAAGGACAGCCCUGGCAGGCGGUGCUCUUGGGACAAGUCUGAGUCUCCCCAGAGAAGCAGCCUGGACAAUGGAUCCCCCCCAGCUCUAUCAGGCAGCAAAAACAACAGCCCCAGGAAUAGCAUCCACAAGCUGGAUGUGUCUAGGAGUCCCCCUCUCAUGGUCAAAAAGAACCCAGCCUUCAAUAAGGGCAGUGGGAUAGUCACCAAUGGGUCCUUUAGCAGCAGCAAUGCAGAGGGUCUGGAGAAAACUCAGACCACCCCCAAUGGGAGCUUACAAGCCAGAAGGACCUCUUCACUGAAAGGACCUGGAACCAAAAUGGGUACCCACAGUGUGCAGAACGGAACAGUGCGCAUGGGCAUUUUGAACACCGACACAUUGGGGAACCCCGUGAAUGGUCGAAGCAUGAGCUGGCUGCCAAACGGCUAUGUGACCCUGAGGGAUAACAAGCCAAAGGAGCCAGCCGCAGAGUCGGGCCAGCACAACCGACUCUCCACCUACGACAAUGUCCAUCAGCAGUUCUCCUUGAUGAACCUUGAUGACAAACAGAGUGUGGACAGUGCCACCUGGUCCACCUCCUCCUGUGAAAUCUCCCUCCCCGAGAACUCCAAUUCCUGCCGCUCCUCCACCACCACCUGUCCAGAGCAAGACUUUUAUGGUGGGAAUUUUGAGGAUCCUGUUUUGGAUGGUCCCCCACAGGACGAUCUUUCCCAUCCUGGGGACUAUGAAAGCAAAAGUGACCGGAGGAGCGUGGGAGGUCGAAGUAGUCGUGCCACCAGCAGCAGUGACAACAGUGAGACAUUUGUUGGUAACAACACCAGCAGCCACAGUGCACUGCACAGUUUAGUUUCCAGCCUGAAACAGGAAAUGACCAAACAGAAGAUAGAGUAUGAGUCCAGGAUAAAGAGCUUAGAACAGCGAAAUUUGUCUUUGGAAACAGAAAUGAUGAGUCUCCAUGAUGAACUGGAUCAAGAGAGGAAAAAGUUCACAAUGAUAGAAAUCAAAAUGCGAAAUGCUGAGCGUGCAAAAGAAGAUGCCGAGAAAAGAAAUGACAUGCUACAGAAGGAAAUGGAGCAGUUUUUUUCCACCUUUGGAGAGCUGACAGUGGAACCCAGGAGAACCGAGAGAGGAAACACGAUAUGGAUCCAGUGAGCCUGCUUUCUCUGCUGCCUCUGAUGGCUCUUGGAAGAACUCUGGGGAUUCUGGUGGGAAACAAUAUGGGAUCAGGUGGCUGGUCACCUGGCUGUACAGAGAUCUCACUGGUGAAGGAAUAUCAUUUACAGUCAUUAACUACCCAUAUCUGCAAUGUGUACCAAAGUUAUAUCAUGCCCCAUCAUGCUACUGUCAAGUGUUCAACUGGAUAUGUGUAUAUAGAGUAGUUUUUAAAAACUAAACUAAAAAUCAGAAGCAUAUCUCAAGAAUUAUUUUAUUGUAAGUCUCCUCUAUAAAUGUUAAAUUGAUAUGUGUUGCAAUUUAGCUUGCUUUCAAGCUUCACCCCUUGCACUUAACAUAAGCUAUUUUUGGCAUUGUGUUAUCAUCUGCUUAUUUUAUAGAUCAAUAUUUUUAUUUCCCCUUUUGUUGAGGAAAUGAAGAUAAGAAGAAGUAUAAAUAUAUACAAAAUAUAUGAGUUAUUAAAAGCGAAAGAAUACUUUGUGGCUGUGCUGUUUGUGCCAAUAGACCUCGCCAUGACCAAAACUAGAAAUGUAAAUAGUUUUAUAAAGUACAUUAGAAUCACCAGAUACCUUUGAACUGCUCUUUUAAUUCUUCUCUUGGACCAGCUCAGAUUUACUUUGUGAGAUAAUUUGACACAGGUAAUUAGUGAGAUAACUUUGAGGUUGUGUAAGAAAGUUCUUUCUCAAUACCCCUGUCUACCUUGCCAGAUUCACAGAUGGCAAUAUCUCCCAUGCAAGAUGCAUCUUAAGGAGAAAAAUUGGUGAAGAAUAUCAUUUAACCAUUCAUGCUUCAAAUUGCUCUGUCCUCCUGGACUGAGUUUCUGUAAAUGCUGGAUAGUUAUUGGAGACAUUCUUCCUGCUAUUUGGAAGUUAGGAAAUGAUGCUUCUAACCCAUGACUCACUUGAAUACCUAUACUAUGUAUGAGACUGCUUUCCUGUUUCCCAGAGAUUGCAGUUUGAAUGACAGAAAUGAAGUGGUAUCACUGGUGUCCUCAGUGAAAGCACUACAGUAUGCAUCAUCUAGUGACAUAUUUCUUUCACUUAGGCUCUUGUCAUCUGGGAGUCUCUCUUCACCACAGAUGGUGGAGGCAGUUUGCAGCAAGAUGGUGGGAGAAGAGGACCAGGAGGAGUUGGGGGGAAAGUUUGGAAGAAGCAGACUAUUUUGCUUCUAAUUUCAACAAUAUCAUUUUUUCUAUAUUGAAGACAUAUUUUCAAUAAUUUUAAAACAUGAAUGAUUAAAGUCCAAUUUGACAAAUAUGUUUGUUUACUUUCUAGAAAAACUCAGAGUUUUCUGAAGCUAUUCUUUUGGAAAGACAAUUCUUCACACACCAGUCAGUCAAUGAUUUGGGGAAACCAGGUAAAUAAAUCUCACACUAGAGCACAAAGUCAGAAAGGCAUAAUCGAAAAUAAAGACUGCUUGAGUUUAUGGGAUUUGUGUUUUUGGAGAUUGAAUGUGUGUUUAUUUGUUUUCAAGGAGUGUGGUCUUUAUAGCAUUCAUUCUUGUCAAUGUUCUGCUUUUAUUUACCUCUCCCCACUGAGCAAGCUUAUGUGAUUGUUCAGUAUCAAGCAGCGACUAUAUAGCAAUAUAUACUUCUUUAUCUUGACUUACCUUUUAUCUGUCUUCUCAUUUAGGAAACUAACUACAGCUGUUACAAGGCUGGAGCAGCUGAGGUAGCAUAAAGGACCCCUUUCAAACUCUGAUUCUUGAGAUCAAGUCAGAAAGAUUUCAGACAUGUCACUCAGAGUGUGUUAGAGGAGAUAAGAAAGGUAAAGGCAAAACUCUCAAGAACCCAGAGGGUCCUCUCAGAGAGGAGAACACCAGUGUGCUUUUUUUCCUUCAGUUUUAUUAAGGGUCUCAGGAAAGUUUUAGAGAGUUCUGCCCAGAUUCACCUCUUGACUUUUGACUGACAGCAGGAUGACAUCAGAUUUUCAAGCCCCCACUGCCAUGACAACUCUAGGUCACGUUGGUCAGUGCUAACCCAUUCUAAUUGGGCCUGUUCUUACAGAUUUUAUGGAUGGGGUAAUUAUCCUUAUCUUCCUGAGUUUGGGAAUUUGGACAGUGUAAGGGUCACAAAAUUCUUCCCCCAUCCCUCCUGCCACAUCAGGGAAACUUGUGUUCUUAACAUUAGUGUUUGGGCAUGUUAGGCCUGCAUAUCUCCUGCAGAUAGGAAGUCAUUUGCUGAGAAUAUAACAUGUCCUGUGAACUUAAGCCAGGCAGGGCCACAGGCAAAUGGCUUUUUUUUUUUUUUAAAGUGAAAGCAUGUGGGGGCAGCUCAGUGAUUCCCUUUUCUAAAAUUUUUUUCAUGUUCCCACCAUUCACAUAUAUCUAGUCCAUAUCACUACUCAGAUGUCCUAAUUCAGAUUAAAAGUGGACAAAAUUAAUCUCAGUAAUUCUUUCCCCAACCUCCAGCCUUUUUUUUUUUACAUCUUUCUCUAGUCCCUGUCUUAUCCAAUGAAAAUCUUGAAUUCAUCCAAAAAGUUAUAUGAUGCAAUAGUUAAAAUCAAAGGUUUUGCAAUCAAACUGCCUGGGUUCGAGUAGUCUACAAUUUCCCCAUUGUUAUUGAACCUUUUAUGCAAAUUGUUUUCCCUCUGUGUAACUGGAAUAAUGAAAAUAUCACUCCUCUAGACCUGCUCUAUGAUUUUAAUGCGAUAAGUUGUGUCAGACUGAUCACAGCAGCUAGCAUACAGGAAGGACUCGUUUUUCCUUUGUCAGUCUGCAGUUCACUCACCAGGUUGUCUGUUUCUUUGGUCAGUUUCCCUCAUCUUUUGAUGAGAGCUUCUUACGCAGAGCAUCUACCCUUUAUUAUCCUUAUUUGCAGGUUGCCUUUCUAACUCACCCAUCUGAACAUAGUUUGACUUUUCUAAUGAACUUUGAUGACUUUCCCUAGACCAAGACAAAGUCCUUCACAUAAACUUGCUCUGACUUCCAGUUUCGUUUAUAAUUUCCUACCACUUCCUGUUACACUUGUCAUACCAGUUGACACCUCUGGAACUUCCCACCUGCUUUUCCUUAUCUGUCUUCCUUAUCUCCUUCGAAGUCCAGUCAUCUGGUAAGAGCCAAAUCAUUGUUAGUUCUCUAUGAAGCUUCCUAGAAUCCAAAAGCAGAGUAAAUUUACUUUUGUGCUCCCAAUAGCUAUUUCUUUUAGAAUCUCCUAUAGCUUGUUAUUUUUGUUGCCAAGUAAGAAACAUUUCAGGAGCCAGCAAGGUACAGUGGAAAUAGCAGGCAAUUGAGACCUAGAUAAGCAAUUCACCAGGCUUUGUGCAGUUCAGCAAGGACAAGUCACUGAACUUCUUUGAGCCUGUUUUCUGGCCUGUGAAGUGGAAAUCACUUCUACAAAGGGGCAUUGUUAUUCCUAAGGGGAGUAGGUAAUAGGCCUAUUCUGAAACCUGCUGGUUCACUCAACUUAUAGCUCUAUCCAUAACUGUAUCUUCUAAAAGAACCAGAAUUGCAUCUUAUUGAUCUUUAGUCCCUCCCCCUCCCUUCUUUUUGGCAAAUGAAGUGCCAAGGCAAAGCAUUACUAAUGAUUUUUGGAAAUAACACAUAAUCAUCUUCCUGGUUUUCAACCUUUGAUUUAUGAGGGAUGCUUUCAUUAAUUUCAUUGAUCUCCGUGACAAUGGCCAUGAGCAGCAUAUCCAUCUGGUUCUAUUAAUUCAGCUAAAAGCCUUGAAAUUAUCAACUGCAAAAUGACAUAAGAGUAAUUUUGGAGAUGAGUUAAGGAUACACAGUAGUUGUCAUGAAGGGUUUAUUUGCUAUAUCCUGCUUAUACUACUUGGAUGUCCUAAUUCAGAUUCUUUGAAACUAUGUAACUAUAAGGAUUCUAGAUUACAAGCUCAAGAGAAAGGUUUUGCUUCCAUGUUGGUCCUACUAUGUUAUCUUCACUUGUCAAACUAAAUGGCUGGGUAUCUUUUGUAGAGUAUUGAAAAUAUAAUUGUCCAUGCGACAUCAGGCCAACUGGAACAUGGACUUUGUAUGUUACAUAUCAUGAAAUUAUGAAAAACUCUUGACUAGAAUUCAAAUAAAGUCAGUCUUAUUUAUUCA